GCUUUUGACUUCCCACUACAAUGGCUACAAUGGUCCAGGCCACCCCAUGAUGGCGAUAUUGCACCGCAUCCGUUUGAUCCGAUCCCUUAUGUAGAGAAUCUCUAUAAGUUCGCAGACUCUCCAGUCCAAACUUUCCAUCUCAUCACUCAUUCACUCACUCUUUUCAUUCAUUCAUCCCUUCUUUUCAAAGACUUACAUUCGUUUCCAAAACCCCAAUCUUCAAAAUGGUUGCUCUCUCUCUUACCACUGUACUUGUCAGCGCUGGCGCGCUCGUUUCUGCCCUCCCAUCGGACGUUACGAGGCAACUACAGGCCCGCGCCGGCACCAGCUGCAAGUUCACUGAUGCCGCUGCUGCGAUUAAGGGCAAGGCCUCUUGCUCUACCAUCACCCUCAGCAACAUCGCUGUCCCCGCUGGAACCACUCUCGACUUGACCAAGCUCAAGGACGGAACCACUGUCGUCUUCGAGGGCAAAACCACCUUCGGAUACAAGGAGUGGGAGGGUCCUCUCAUCUCUGUUUCCGGAACCAAGAUCACCGUCAAGGGUGCCUCUGGCCACACCAUCGACGGCAACGGUCCCAAGUGGUGGGACGGAAAGGGUGGAAACGGCGGCAAGACGAAGCCCAAGUUCUUCGCUGCUCACUCCCUCAAGCAGUCCACCAUCUCCUACCUGAACGUCCUCAACACCCCUGUUCAGGGCUUCUCCAUCAGCUCCGCCACGGAUCUCACCCUCGAUCACAUCACGAUCGACAACUCGGCCGGCGAUGUGACCAACGGCGGACACAACACUGAUGCCUUUGACGUCGGCAACUCCGACGGCGUUACCAUCUCCAACGCCAACGUCAAGAACCAGGACGACUGCCUUGCCGUCAACUCUGGCACCAACAUCCACUUCGUCGGCGGCACCUGCUCCGGCGGUCACGGUCUCUCCAUCGGCAGCGUUGGCGGCCGCUCCAACAACGUCGUCUCUGGCGUCAUCAUCGAGAACUCCAAGAUCCUCAACUCUGAUAACGGUGUCCGCAUCAAGACCGUCUCCGGCGCCACCGGCUCUGUCAAGAACGUCACCUACAAGGACAUCACCCUCUCCAACAUCGGCAAGUACGGCAUUGUCAUCCAGCAGGACUACGAGAACGGCUCGCCCACCGGCAAGCCCACCACCGGCGUCCCCAUCACUGACCUCACCCUCUCCGGCGUCACCGGCUCCGUCACCUCCAAGGCCACUCCCGUCUACCUCCUCUGCGGAAAGGGAAGCUGCUCCAACUGGAAGUGGACCGGCGUCAAGGUCACCGGCGGCGUCAAGAGCACCAAGUGCCAGAACAUCCCCAGCGGAAGCGGUGCUUCUUGCUAGACAUUCUAGUCUGCCAAAUAUGCGAGUAAUUGGGUUCAAGGAGGAUUACAGAGGAUCUUUACUGAAUCGGUGCGGGAAUGAGUGGGAGUUCACUUCUUGUUUAUAUAUGAUUUUUAACCUGCUACAUACAAAGACUUUCUAAUCAGAGUCGAAAUAUAUACAUACACGCACAUGAGUACCGUGUAAUAUCAAUGCCUACUAGGUCUCA